AUGCACNAAGGGGCAAGCUCAAGGAAAUUCUUUCCUGGAGAUAAAUACUUUGAAGCUGGAGAAUAUGAUCAUGUAUUUGAUGUUGAAGAUGAUCAUGGAAUUACAAAACUCUUACCAUAUAAUGAAGGGGAAAGUUUCUAUGAUUCUGCAGAGAAGUUUUGUUUAAGAGAAGGUUAUUCUAAACAUUACCUUUAAUAAAUAGUCAAUUUCUUAAAAAAGAAUACAUCUUUUGGGUAAUCUUAAAGAUAAAAGAAAUCAGAAUUAGAAACUAUGAAAGAAUAAUAUGCUUAAUAAUAAAUAAUACAAUAAUAAUAGGCUAAAAAAUAGAUUGACUUUUAAUAUAUUCCUUAUACAUAAUGCACAUAUUAUGAAAAUAUGAAUUUAUAAGGUUUAAGUAAAAAACUAUUUGAAUUCAAUGCUCAAGUAUCUGAAGAACUUAAAUUAACAGAAAAGGAAACUCUAUUUUUUAAUAAAGGCAUUGAAAGUUUAGGAUAAUAAUCAGUUUAAAAAACUGUCAAUAUUGAGAAUUCAGUUUGCAUUAUUUUCGUCUAGAAACUAAUAAAAUGGGAUCCUCAAUAUUUAUUACCAGUUUAUGAUUUCUUUAGAUUAUUUUGUCUUCAUCAUAGUAGUGAAUAAAUAUUUGCUGGUUUAGAAAAGGGUAUGAAUUUAUUUUUAAAUAUUUUCACCAUUGUAAAUUUAUAACCUGUUAAUACUGUUCUUGUAAGAUUGGCCUUAUAAACAUUAUGUAAUUGUUUAAAACAUAAUACUAACUCUUGUGCUAUCUUAUACCAUUUAAGAAUAGUUAAAGACAUUAUUUUGAGUCUUUUAGAUACUGAUGAAAAAGUAUAAUAUUUUAUAUCAUCUAGAAUGUACAAGUACUUAGUAAUCUCAUUCUGAAUUUAUCUAUUGGAAUAUAUUAGAGGAAUGGAUUAAAUGAUUAAGCUAGUGAAAUGUUAUCUGAAACUAUUGUUACUUUUCUAUAAUAUACACAAAGAGAUCCAGAAACAAUUGCUAAAUUAGUAACUGCCCUUGGUAAUUUAAUGAGAUCUCCUGCUUAACAAAUUAGAGAAUAAUGUAAGAAAAUAAGUUAUGGUUUUAUUUAAUCAUUGGUUAUAGAUACAAAUAAUGAAGACACACUUAAAUGUUUGGAAGAAGUUAAAUUGAGUAUGUAAAUUUGA